CUGGAUGCCUGCGGCGCUUAGAGAAGAGAUCGUGGACGGGCCCUUUGCACCCAGAGAGGUUCACUUUUCUCCAUGUGCUGUAGGGGCAACGGAGAUACCCCAUUAACUCUUGACCCUGGGCAGACUGGGCAGUUCACAGUCACCAGCUCAGGAAUUUGACGCCUUCCCAAAGUGAUUUAGCCAGGCUUCAGGAAAGCUAGACUCAUCACACGACUGUUCUUGCUGUGCUAUUAAUGAAGGAACUUCUUGUCUUCUGGGCCCUGUGCUCCCUAGUGGGGAAUUUGCUGGCAGAGAGAUCACCACUCAUUCAACAAGCAAACUUUCUGUCCACAAACUUUGAAAAUAUCUUCACAUGGACAAACGGGGAGGAACCACCCCCUGGAACGGUGUAUGACGUACAGUAUAAGAAGUAUGGGGAUGUGUGGCAGAAUAAAAGUGAGUGCCAAAACAUGACGGGGCGCUUCUGCAACCUCACACGUGAAACGGAAAACUUUGCCGAGUGCUACUAUGCCAGAGUGAGAGCCAUUGUCCCUAACUGUUGUGUCUCUGAUUGGGUCAUGUCCCCAAGAUUCUAUCCCCGGAAAGACACUAAUAUUGGGAGUCCUGAGGUGAAAUAUACACCCAGUGUUCAAUCUAUUUACUUUAAUGUGCAAGCUCCCUAUACCCCUCUGAGAGACGAGAAUAAUCAGACCUUGACUGUUGUAGACAUUUUCAGCCAAUUUGGUGCUACUGUCCAAUAUGAAAUAACAAUAUGCUGCCAAAAGACACAACAAAAGUGGUUAAAGAUUGAGAAUAACAAAGAAUUUGAAAUCUCUGACCUGGAUCCCAACACCGAAUAUAAUGGAACAAUACACAUCAGAUAUUUAGACAAAAUCAGUGAACCCAAUGUGUUUCAGGUGACGACUUUGCCAGACAACAGCUGGAUGCCCUAUGUGUUUGGGAUAGCUCUAUUUAUGACAGUGUUGAUCUUUGGAACAAUAUAUUACUUCAUUUACAAGUAUAUGAAACAGCACACUGCACAGCAACCCACGGCUUUGGAUUUCAAGGAUAUUUCACGCUUCCAACCUCUCGUACUGAACGUAGAGCAAAUUCUGACCCCUUAUGAUUUGUGCAAGCCUACCCAACUUGUUCCAGAGAAGCAACCAGCACAAAUUAGUCAGCAUCUUCUGGGAGCGCUGGAGCACCAGGAAUUAUUCAGCCUGACAGAAACAGUUUACCAGCAACAGGCCAAAGCACCAUCAUUCCAAACCAUAGCUCAGCCUGCAAGUGGAGCAGGUGACCUUCCUGUGGGUUAUACCCCACAGGUGGUCCAGAAGAAUCCACCGUGCACACUAGGUGACAGUCCCUCUACAUUAACCUACGGGAUAUGUUUUGAAGGCACCAACAAGGCAAAUUCUCCAGCAAAACAAGCGAUGAAGCUUGAUUCUUUAGUUGAGGGCUCCUUAAGCAACAAACAUUAUAAAGUGCAGAAACCAGAACAGAUCAAAAGAGAACUAUGGGAAAAGAAUCCGCAACAGGUGCUGCCAGCGUUUGUCCUGGGAAAUGCAGAGGGGAUGCUACUUCAGGAAGAUACGCAGGAUGUGCUACAGCCACUUCCAUCCCUUCUGGAAGAGAGGGUACCUGCCAGAUCAGGUGAAAGGACAGGAAGCUACAGAAAGCACCCUGCGGAAUUAUUACCAUCAGUGCUGGAAAAUGACCAAAAUGCCAUGUCAGAAGGUGGCGCUGUUUUGUCAACCCCGCCACCCUCCUUAUUUUCACAUCCUGCCUGCAGCAGCCACACUCAAGAUCACAAUCCGGGGCAGUGGACAGCCUGGCAUUCAUUAGCCUGGACAGACAACCAGUGGCAACCUUUAGGAUUCCAAACGACAGACUGUAUAACUCAAGCGAGGCAGGGAUUGAAAAAUGAUCCAGGAUCCCUUGAUACAAACCCAGAUACCUUAGACUCUGCUCAGAAUAAUGGACUUUUCACAGGCCUGUUUAGAGACUUGGAGCUGAAGUUGCAGUGGGAUCAAGAACCAGAAGGAAAUGCAGUGGCUCAUUAGUGGUUAAUGGAUCCAAGAGCUGGGGAGGAGGUCAGAACAUGUGGGAUGCACAAACAUCUCCCUCCAAAAUAAUGUUGAAAGGAGACACCCUUUCCCAGCUGUUUCUGAUCCCUCCUUGGGAAUCGCACUUUGAUCCAUUAAAGAAAAAAACCACAGACACACAAUAUGGAUUCAUAUGGUUGGUUCAUACCAUGCCCACAGAGUGGGUACCGCCAGCAUGAUUUUUCCCAUCAUGUGAUCCUGUACCUCUCUGGCUGGUUAUCCAGCCUGGCUAUGCUGGGCUUAUGUUGUAGUAGAUACCCCCAACUUGAGUUGACAGCAGCUGAUCGGGGGGGAAAGCAUGCAGAUUGGCCUGUUAACUGUUGUGUUAAUAGUGGCUUUGUCUGCAAACCAGUGGGUGAAGCUAUUCCUGGCAUGUCAGCAUGCAUCACCAAUGUGGCACCCUUGAGACCCAGUGGAGGUGCCAGUACCUCCUAUGGUACCCAUGAACAGUGCCAGAAAUCCACAGUGCACACAAGAGGAGAGCUUGGAAAAGUUACUUUUUUUGAACUACAACUCCCAUCAGCCCCGGCCAGCAUGGCCACUGGAUUGGGCUGAUGGGAGUUGUAGCUCAAAAAAGUAACUUUUCCAAGCUCUGCACGAGAGUGUUUGCUCUCCUUGCUCAGUUCCUGUUUGCACUGGCUUGGUGUCUCCUACAUUGAAGAAGCCCUUUUAAACAUGCUCACAUUUCGUUGGAUGCCAAGGCUACACACCCUUUCUCCCGUUCUGAACAAAUGAGAGGUGCAAAGAGCUUCUCUCUGUGAGUGAGCACGGGAGUGGCUGAUGUAGGUGCCUUUUCCCCAUCGAUGGGGCAACUGAUGAGGGUGCAUGCCUCCACUAUUUUGUGAUCCUGUCUCUUUUUCUGUUCUUUUACAUGUGAGCCAUUUUGUGUUAUGCCACCCCCCAAAGGCAGCCAUUUUGUGACUGGUACACACAACACUUUCCUCAAAAUUCAAAAUGUGCCCACUGGCCCCUCAAAAUUGGUGGCCCUUGUCUUAAAGGCACAGGAGUAAAAGAAGCAGAGAGAUUGGCAACUCUCUCCUCAACUCUUUCAAAUUUCCAAGAUUCUUUGCAAUGGGGGAUCAUAAACCAGUUUAAAACUGGUUUAGCAUUGUAGCAUGGAUAUAACACUGUGCUGAGCAGAUCUACUCUGGCAACCCAAUCCAACAGAAUCGUCAUGAUGACAGGUGGCAAAAUCUACCCCUGAGGACACAGACAAACCACCAGUCCUGAAUAUGUGUAAUCUUUAUUAAUAAAUAUUUUUAUUCUUCAUCUAACUUAUUUUCAGUCUACAAAAAGCUUACAAUUGUAUCUAAAGACUAGAAUAGCCCAUACCCUUUGGGGAAUUGUCAGUGUUCCAAAUGUCACAGUGAACUUGAGUCUGCAAGAUGAGCUGAACCAAGCAACCAGGUCCAAACACAACUGUGGAAAUAAGGAAAGCAUUAUUAAUAAAUUGCCAGAGGCCAGAGGUUUUGACUAACAUACAUAUUUUUGCAAAGCAAUUUCCCCUCAUAUAAUGCAUUUUUGUAUGCUAACUAACACAUGGGUUCUUAUGCAUAGUUUCCCCUAGAAUAUGCAUUUUCAAACACGUUGUUUGGUGGGAGGACUGCUUUGCAACAUUUGGAGAAGUGUGAAUUCUGAAGGAUGGCUGUUUUUCGGUUCACAAUAUUGUUUGGGAAGGUGCAAAUUAGAUUGGUUUGCCUUUAAAAUCAAACUGAAUUGAAUCCCCCCCCCCAUUAUCCCAACUCAAGAGAGGUCCUCUCCGUGGCUGCUCCCAGGCUCUGGAACUCCUCGCAGAGAGGCCCAUCUAGCUCCCACUCUGGUCAUCUGCUGCCAGCAGUCAAGAUGCAGAGCUUGGGAAAGUUACUUUUUUGAACUACAACUCCCAUCAGCACAUGCUGGCUGGGGCUGAUGGGAGUUGUAGUUCAAAAAAGUAACUUUUCCAAGCUCUGUCAAGUUGUUUAUCUUCAGACAGACCUUGGCACUGAUUUGUUGGUGUGGAUGCUUUGUUGUAAUUUGUUCAACUGGCUGCUGUUUUAUAGAUUUUAGCCACAAGUUUUAUCUGUCUUGUUUUUAUGUUGUUGUUUUAAUUAUUAUUUUGAAUUUUACUUUUAUUACUGUUUGUUUAUUGCUGUGCGUUAGCUGCCUUGAACACUACUUGGUGGAAAGAUGGGAUCCAAAUUUAACAAAUGGCAAAUAAAUAAAUCCUGGUGUACAGUUUCUGUUAAUACAUUGCUGCCAGGAAGAGAGGGCUAUAAAAUAUGAACAUUCAGGAAAAUGUGGUUGAAAAAUAUCUCCGGGGGUUGGGUAGGCCUCCACAGCUUGCUGGGGCAUGCUUUAUGAUCUAUGAGAUGCAGAGAUAUGGGAGCUCCUAUAGGGCAUAAAACAUGCCCCAUUACGCAUGAGUCAGUUAUUGUGAAGAAAAGCGCUGAGUUCUGCUAGGGCUAGGUUUUCCUGCAGCCUCAUAAAAGAACACAUAUUUUGUGUUCUUUGGAAGAACAUUUCCCGAAACCAUGGGGCCACUCCUGAGAAGAAAAUCCAUCACAUCAAUGACAUCCCCUAAAGCAGAGGCUACUAAAUGUUUGGAGCCCAUGGCUACACUUGCAAAUUAGUAAAGAGUUGUGGGCGUCCCACAACCAGCAACUAGGUUUGAAAAAAAACUAUUAUUAGCUACAAUAGAAGACUUCAGUCAAGCAGCCUAAUAUGGGAGAGGGAGAGAACGGGAUCCUGGAGCCACCGGGGAUGGCCUCUGCAGGCACAUGUGUAUCCACAGCAGAACCUUGAAGAUUACUUUGAAAAAGGAAUAAAUUACAGUUACUGUUACA